GGACUCUUUUUUGUCAUUUUAAACACAUUUUUUUCAUUUUGAUCAUGUAUCAUUUUUGAACACGUUUUUGUCAUUUUGUACAUGCUUCUAGUCAUUUUGAACAUCAGUGAUGACAAGUCGUCCAGGUCCUCCAACCAUCAUGCUACCACUGCCAUGCUUCACUGCUGGUUUCAUGUUCUUCUUGUGGAAUGCAGUAUUAGCUUGACACCAGAUGUAAUGGGCCCAUGUCUUCCAGAAAGUUCCACCUUAGACUCAUCAGUCCACAGGAUGUUAUCGCAAACGUCUUGGAGCUCAUCCAGGUAUUAUUUUGUGAAUUAACCUUUUUGGUCUGUAGUGGUUUGAUCCUUUAACUCUCCCAUGGAUCCAUUUCCUCCCAAAGUCUUCCUGAUUGUGGAAUCAUGUAGACGAACCUUACCUUAGGCCCGUGAGGGCUGCAGAUCUUCAGAUGUUCGUCUGAGUUCUUCUGUGAGUCCUGGAUUAGAUGUUGAUGUUCUCUUGAAGAAAUGUUGGUCGUUGGUCCACUCCUGAAGGUUCACCACUGUUCCAUCUUUCUCCAUUUGCGGAUAAUGUCUCUACCUGUGGUUCUCUGGAGUCCAAGAACCUCAGCAAUGGCUUUGUAACCCUCCAGACCCUCCAUCUCUUCUUGAAUCUCGUUAGAACGUGGCAUCAUGUGCUGCUUUUUGUGACCCUUUAGCGACUUUACAAUGAAGACAGGUUCUAUUUAGUGAUGUUUAGGCAGUAAUCAUAUUAGAGUGUGGAUGGAGAAACUGAACCCAACUGAUGAAUGAAUUUGGUCAUUUCUUAGAUCGGUAGCUAAAGGGGGAAUUACGUUUCCACAUUGUUGCCCGAUGUAAUGGGCUGGACAGAAUUUUCCUUCUUCAUUUUGUGUUUUCUUGGGUUAUUUUUGUCUGAUAGUAAAAUUAGUUUGAUGAUCUGAAACAUUUAUGCCAGACAAACAUGCAGAAGGCUUCAGGAGGGGACAAAUAGUUUUUCGUGUAUAUUCACAUCUGCUGAUUAAAUACGACCACAUUGUCAUUAGUGGUUGUUUGUCAUAACACAGUGUUACCUCAAACUUUUUAACCAACCAUUUUCUUCUUUCAGACCUCUGAUAUUUGACACCCUCCCACCCCUCCAGGUGUUUUCUGCUUAAAUUUGAGCCUCCUAUGACAGUUGCGGUGCACAGACCGGCGCCGCAUGCAGAGUGCAGACAGCAGAGAGGAGUCUCCAGAGGACGGAAAACACCUUCUGCACAUGAAAACCAGCACAUAGCAGCUGAACAGAUCAUUAAAAAUGGGGAACAAAGUACCAAAGGAGGCUAACAUGGGCAACAGCCUGAGAUGUUCCAAGUGUGAUAAAGUCCUGCCUCCGUGUAGGAGCUUCGACAAUUUAACACAAAGUUCCGUUCAGGGGCGUUACGUGCACGUGUUCAAUGGAGGUGAAUACUACCGACCAGUUGGUAACAACAACUGGUACGAGUGUAAUUAUUGCUUCCAUAAGCCGAUGAGAGAUCGAGAGAAGAGGAGGAGAGAAGAGGAGAAGAGGCGAGAAGAGGAGCGACGGAGGAGAAUGGAGGAGAAAAGAGAAGAGGAACGACAAGAACGACUAAAUCAAAGGCUAGAAGAGUCACAAAAGCAAGCCCAACAGCAGCAUGAGAAACAAAAAACCAUUUCAGAAGAAUACAGGCCCAAGCGAGAUGUCCUCAUCAGGCGCCUGGAUGAGUUUGAGGCUGAUGAUGAAUCACGCAGCAACGACUUUUUAGAAAUCAUCUCGCUGAAAUUAGGCAUCCCGGUUUCAAACGUAAAUCUCUCUGACCUGACGUCUGAUGAGCUGAGAAAGAUCCUGCCAGUGCUGGACGAGCUUCUGUUCGAUGAAUGGCUCAACGCUCCUCCAUCCGUCAGCACUCUGCAGCACAGCCAAGUGUUCAUCACGGAGCUGUGUGCUCUGUCUCUGCACGUGUCUGACGGAGUUUCCCUGCAAAGCAUCUCCGAUCAGGUGCAGAACCUGGUGGGGUCCAUCAGCCAGUCAGCACAUGGUGUUUCUGAGAACUUCCUGUUGACUCAAGCCCUGUAUCUGACCCUCAUUCACUUUCUCACUGACAGUAGCAGCCCUGACACUGAUGCAGUCCUCGUAGCCAAACAAUGGGCUGAAGAUGAGAUUUCCACUGAGCAGCUCUUUCCUAUAGAGUUCCUGAGCGCUCUUGCGUCGUCACUGCAGACUGCAGUCGAAGGAACCUCUGUGUUCAUUUUAACGAUGGAGGUCCAGUGCUUGAGGCUUCUCUUGUCCACACUCACACAUCUGAAUGGUGAGGAAACCCACUCAGAACCCACUGAGAUGCUCCUCAGACUUGUGCAAACAAACCAGUGGACCCCAGCAGAGGCGGUGACUCUGCUCAAAGUGCUAUCACAGAAAUACGCAGAAGAUGCUUCCAUAACUGAAGUCCUUUCGUUGAUGCAAGUGUACGACAUCUCACCAGAAUGGACGGAUGAGUCAGGACACUCUCUCAUACAAGCUCUGGACGAUGUUGGCCCUGAGAAAUUCCAGCAGGAUUUCCAAAAGAGUCUCAGAAGACAAGAUGAGAGCACUCUGGUUGAAGCUCUAGCAGAAUUAAAAACAUUAAGGAACUUGGAGGAUUCUGUAAUUGACAUGAUAAAAAACAUUACCACUGGCGUCCUUCGAUACUCAGAAAAUGCACCAAAAGAUGCAGUCUUUCAGAGAGAUUCCUUUAAAUGUGGAAGCUUAAAUGCUGACGACAUACAGGAGUCUCUGUCUCAGCUCUGUAGAGCAGUUUUCGACACAAAAGGCUGGUGGCCCACAGUGAGGCAGAUGUUGUGCUGGUGUGCGCUGAUGCUGACUGAGAAGAGUCCAGUGCUACAGCUGGUCGGUCUGGAAGAAGACGAAUGUGUGACGGCCAUGUUUGCAGCUGCACACGUCUGCACAGGAAACAAAGUGGACGUUGUGUUGAGCUCUGAGGGUCGCUCUCAGGAGGGAACUAAGAACUGGUUUGAUUUCUAUGAACACCUUAAAAUUUCUGUCAACACAAACAUGGAGAAAACGAACACAUCCUACAGCGAUGUCUACGAAGCAGACAUUGUGUACGGUACCAUGGAUGACUUUGUGUCUGAUUAUUUUAAAGGCAGCAUAGAGGCGACGGAAGCAGACAGCCCUCAGUUCAGUCGUGGAUUCCUCAUUGAACAACAAAGUCCCAGUGCAUUCAGGAAUCUGGAACUUUCAACACUCAAGGAAAAUGAUUCUCUUGUGUUUGCGGCGGAGGUCCUGCAGAACCUCAUGGGUAAAUUUCAACGUGAAGAUGUGGAAGUGAGACACAAGUUUGUUAAGGCUCUUUUUCAGGUGCUUCACACCAACCUGAACAAAGACCCCAACCCUGACAACAAACUCAUCACCGUCUUGGAAAAGAUUGCUGGAAAGGGUUUGUCUUCUCAUGAGGCCUUCAUUCUGACUUUUCUUGAGAGUGUCCUGAGGGCGAUGACUAGAGAAACAGGAGAAAACAUGACAUCUCCUGCAGGGAAAUGUUUGGAGAUUAUAUUUGCCUGUGCAAAGCAAUUCCAAGCCUCAAAUGAACAAACUGCUGAAAUCUUCCAGAUGGUUUCAAAUCUUGGAGCAAAAGCCCUUUGGUCACCAGUGGAGGUCUUGGACCUCCUUGGAGCACUAACUGGCCGUCAUCAUGAUGAAGACUGUGUUUCUAUCAUGAAAAUUUUACAUCUGAUGGCCACAUAUCAGGUUUCCAGCAAGUGGACGGAUAAGAACAACCAGUCUCUCCUUAUGCUCCUUGGUUCCUAUGAAGCUGAGAAUCUGUUCCAGCAUUUAGAAACCAGCCUCAGAGAGGAGAACAUAAAAAGCAUUGACACACUUUUUGAGGAAAUACGGCAGAUGAAAGACAUUGAUGAGCAAACACUGAGUAAAUCAUACAGUGUGGUAAGACAUGUAGCAAACCUAAUCAAAACUGGUGAAAUUAAAAAUCACACAGAUGCACAGCGAGCGAGGAAUCUCAGUCACAGUCUGGAUACUGAGGACCUUCAGGAGUUGCUGGCAGUCUUAUGCAAUGCUGUCCACUUGUACAUUGCUAAAGAGAAAUGGUUUCCUCGAGCCACUCAGAUGAUAAGCUGGUGCUUCUUGGCCUUGUCGGACACCGGGAAGCUCCUGGAGAUGGGCACUGGAGAAGGAAAGUCUUGUGUCAUCGCAAUGUUCGCAGUUCUGCGUGCGCUCAGGGGUGAAAAAGUAGAUGUGGUGUCCAGCUCUUCUGUGUUGUGUCAGAGAGAUGCAGAAGAAUGGGCAGAAUACUACAAAUACUUUGGCGUUACAGUUGACACAAACACAAACAAAACGGAGGAUAAAGAUCGGAAAGAAUGCUACCAGAAGGACAUAGUCUACGGGACUAUUGAAACCUUCGCUGCAGAUCACCUUCGCCAGAUUUUUGAGAUGAAGGAUGUGAGACCUGAUCGCGGCUUUCAGUGCAUCAUAAUCGAUGAAGUGGACUCACUGCUGCUGGAUCAGGGUGUGCAGCUCACCUACCUGUCCAGCGCCAUGGUCUCCAUGCAGCAUCUGAACAUCAUUCUGGCCAUGAUCUGGAGCCAUGUCAGCCAGUAUGGCUUCCUGUCUGCUGGACAGCAGAUGUUUGUACAGGGUCCUCCUGCUUCAUUCUUCAAGGCCAUCUUUGACUCAAUAGACACAGAAGAAGGUGAAAUCAAUGACCCAAUGGACAUUUUAUGUAUCGCUGAAGAAACCAACACUGUGCCAGCAGGAUUCACAGAGGAUUUCUACAAAAGUGAGAAGGAUGAACUUCUCCAAAAGCUGAAAACUGUCAGCCAGGAUGCUAUGGUGAAUUUUUUCCAAGAAAUGGAGGAGUAUGUGCCCUAUGGCUUUAGUGUUUACACUUUGGACGAUGAGGGACUGCUCCGUCUUCAAAAGCGCAGUCCGUACAACAACCGGGACAUUCCAGAGCUUAAAUUUCUUGUCUUGGAGGAAGGCUUGUGUUGUCCCCUCUAUGAUUCAGAGGAAAUUCUCAUCAAGCCCAUCGUGGAGCUAAUCUCGGAGAAGAUUCAGUACACUCCAUGUGCAAACAUUAAGGACAAAAUCAGCAUUCCUGGAUUCCUGAGUCACCUCAUAGAGAGGAAAAUGCCUGUGUGGGUUCAGAAUGCCUUUCUGGCAAAGCAACUGAGGCAAGGACAAGAAUAUGUCAUAGAAAACGACAACGUCCGUCCCGUGGACUUCAAAUCCACAGGUAUUGUGGAAAUUAAUAAGAAAUGGGGUGACGGUUUGCAGCAGUUUGUUGAGAUUAAACACCAAAUCAAACUGAGCACAAUUUCAACAGUGACAAACUACAUUUCGAACACGUCUCUCUUUGAAAAGUACCAUGGGAAAAUAUAUGGUACAACCGGGACACUUGGGAGCCAAAUGGACAUGAUGUUUUUGCAGGACUUAUAUCCAACUCUUUCUGCCUGCAAAAUGCCAACAUUCAACAGGAGGAAGUUAUUUGAAGUCAAAGGUUCUGUGAAAACCUCAGCUGAAGAGUGGAAAUCUGAAAUAAAACAAGCGGUUAUGAAUCAGAUUUCCCCAAAUUCAUACAGAGGUGGAAGAGCAGCCCUGGUGAUAUGUGAAACUAUCAACAAAGCCAAAGAGAUCCACGAAGAGCUGAAAAGCAGCAUCCCAGGUGAGAUCAUUCUCUACUGUCGAAGUGACAAAGACAGUUUGAGCAAAAUAGACAAGGAACUGCUUCCUGGUGAUGUCAUUGUUGCUACAAACCUUGCUGGGCGUGGCACCAACAUUAAAGUGUCCAAAGAGGUGAACAAUAAUGGAGGAUUAUUUGUGGUGCUCUCCUUCCUCUCUGAGAACACAAGAGUUGAACUCCAGGCUUUUGGUCGAACUGCCCGUAAAGGUAGACCUGGAUCUGCUCAGAUAAUCAUGUCAGUCACUGAAUCCCUGCAGCACUCCUUCUCGACAGUGUCGUCUCUGGAGGAAGCUAAGAACACCAGGGAUAGACUUGCAGCAGUGAAAUUAGAACAAACGAUGAACGACGUUGCUGAGAUGAAACUACGAGAGGACCUGUUUUCAGAGUACUGCAAAACUCUUCGAGAUAUUCACAAGAACACAGAUGAAGACGAGAGAAGAGCUGUUGUUGCCAUCCUGAAUGAGUUCUGGGGGAUAUGGUUGCAAACGAAAUCAGAAGACAUUGAACAGUUGAAGAGAGAUGAAUUACAAAGAGACUUGGAAACUGAUUUGUCAUUGGCAAAAAAGCAGUCUCAAAGUGAGACUUCACCAUGUUCCAGCAUUUAUCACUACAUCAAGUUUGGAAAUGUCGCAAUGAAUGACAAAGAAUGGAAGGUCAGCGCUAAGCUCUUUGAAAAGGCCAUGAAACAAGAUCCAAGCUGGGCAGCCAUUGCUUUUUACAGUCAUUCGUACUGCACCAUAAAGCAGAGGAGUGCAGAUUACCUCAGCGAGGCAAAGGAUGAUCUGAUAAAAGCGCAGGAUUCUCUGAAGUAUCUCAGUGAGGAGUCCAUGGUCUGUCUCCAGUUUGUAAAAAUAUCCUCUGCAAAGUCAGACAACAGUAACCCAUCCAGCCUUGAAAAACAGCUGACAACCAAAUGCAGCAUGUUAAGCUACUUUGACAAAAACAUUAGCGAGGCCAUUCAAAAACUGGAUGAAAUAAAGAAAAAAGGAAGGAAUGCACUGGUCAAAAAGUCACCAGUUUUCUUGCUGGUGUCGAAUGCUGAUGAAGCGCUCCAAGAGGAAGCCUACAACCUCUACAGUCGAGGUCUGAAAUAUGUAUUUUCUGUGGAAGAGGAGCCUCGUUUCCCAUGGGAAGCUCUGCUGGUGUUCUGUCUUGGAGUUUUACAGAUUGUUGGAGGAGCACUGCUCACUGCGUUUACGUGCGGGACAUUAGCCCAAGUCGGCAUGGGUCUCAUCGUUGAAGGAAUAUCAGACUGCAUCACUGGCAUUGAGGGAAUGGUGACUGGAGAAUUCAGCUGGAAGUCAUGGGCUAUAGAAAAAGCCAUUUCUAUUGGUGUGUCUCUCAUCGGGUUUGGAGUUGGAAAGCUGCUUGCAAAGGGUGUCAAAGGUACCAAAAUGUUAAUUAAAGGACUGGGCAAAAAUCUGAAGUCAAUGCCAAAGUUUCUCUCCAAACAGGCUAAAGAAGGUUUGAGUGUUGUCACAAAGGCAAAUAUGAAGAAUACAGUAAAACACACUGCGAAAAAAAUGGCAGAAGAAAUCAUUAAUUAUGGACUUGGGAAGGCAGAAAACGAAAUAAUGACCCAAAUACUAAAAGGCCUCAAAAAUGAGGUGAAAAAUGGAAUUGCUGACGAAGUGAAAUCCAACAUGGAAAAAGAGCCCUUAAAUUCACAAGUGAACUUCAUUAUCCUCUCACACAUUGAGGAUAAAAACCAACUUGAUGAUCUCCUGGAGGACAAGAACAAAAAGAGCAAACUGCUGGCUACUUUCAAAACGUUAAGCAAAGCUGCAGCACAGACGUUCUAUGCAGACCUCAACUGGCAGAACAAGGUGAACUCAUCAUUAGCCAGUGUGAUUGAUGAAGCUAGAGCAGACGCCAAAGGAAAAAUUCUAGGAAUUCUGACUCUUAUCCAAACUGCCCACGUUGCGGCUAUGGCAGAAGACGCCAUCAGUGCAAUGCUCGCAAUGUCAGACAAGUUUUUCUCCAACCUUCAAGAAGAGUUGGAUACAUUUAAAAAAUCCAAAGAUUCUGCAGAGAAAGUGAAGGUAAAUGACCUGUCCGCUUCAGACAUUGAGAUACUGGAAGAAUUCAAGCAAGAUAUAGACGAAGCCAUCAGCGCUCAACUGGCUGAUGCUUUUGUGGAAGUGUUCCACCAGAAGUUCUCCAGUCACGUCGUUUCUCAUGUUCAGAACCAGGUCAACGGUGUCAUUGGGAAUUAUGUCAGAACUGGCUUAAAAAGUGACAGCACAGAUGAGAAACUCCAAGCUGGACAGAAUAACAGUUACAUCUCAUACAUGCCAGUAAACACCAGUGCUCAGCAGAAAGGGGGAAGUAAACGCUCACAGUCUCGUGCUGAGAAGAUCAAGGAUCCCAAGACUGCCGGCACCGUUCUUGAUAUCAGAGUCCUGGCAGAAGCCAAUGGCACCAAGGUUGUCAUCCUAACAGAGGAUAGUCAUGGCAAACUUAUCAAACUGCAGGAGCUGAGUCCAAGCACUAAACCCGCCAGUCAAACUGUGACGCUGGUCUACAGACCGAAGAACGACCAACACCCUGACGGCCAUUAUGACGUGCGCAUCAAUAACGAGACAGUGAAAAUAGAUAGCAAGGGCGAGAGCAGCCUGUUCCCUGCUUUGGCGCGAGGCAUGAAACCCCAGGCCAGCGAAUCAGAGGUCCGUUUGGAAGCAGACCGUCUGCGAUCGGUGGAGGCCGACACUCUCCUCAAACACCCCGGCCAAUGGGACUCUUUCAUCAAGCGUGAAGAGAUGACUGGAUCAGUCAGAGGACAGGACUGGUUUGCAACAGCAGGUGCAAAGGUAAAAGAAAGCAAAAUGGCUAUUCAGAACGAGGCUGGAAAAGUACAAAUGUUCAAAAAAUGGCAAAAAUCUGCCAAGCAAAACCCAGAAGUAGGAAAGUUCAUCAAAGCUGAUCGCCAGCCUCCGGUCAAAAGUAUGUUGGAAGCUCGAAAGUUAACCCAGGAGAGCAAACUAGCUAAAGCUAUGCUUGAUGUGGGAACAAAGACAUCUCCUCUGACUGCCAGUCUGACCAAGCAUCAAGAGCUUUCAUCUGUUUACGCACCUCGGAAGACACGUUUUGAGCUUCCUGAUGUAAAAUUAAAAGCCUUUGCAACACGUUUAGCUACCGCCAUAAGCAAGGAUGAUGUCGUGGGCACCUUCAAGCUGACGAUCCUCGGUGCCACGAAGAGAUUCACCGAGAGCUUCAACAACAGCAAGAAGAGUCUCACCAGACUCAAGAUGUUUGACAGCAGUUUCCAGCAGCACUGCUUAAAUCUGGUGCAACAAUGGUUCGACCUGCUUAAAGACAAGAAUGUAAUGAUGAAAAACCAUCUCACCGAAAUAACUGCAUGGAUCAACAGCAAGGGCUACAAGAAUCGCAACGAUCCACUCAGGAAACAAGUCUCCAACCUCCUCUAAUGAAAAGGUCUUUCCGAGCAACAGCUGAUGUGACCUUCCUCCAGCACAACCAGGACGGAUCAGGAAGUGCUCGAGUGCCACAUAAUGGAUCCAACAUGGAUCAGUUUCACACCAGAUGAGGCCGUGAAUGUCCUACAUCAGCAGCAGUGGAAGUUUCCUUCUCCUCUGGGUGAUUCGCCUCAAAUGAUCAGCCUUCCUCUGCUUCUUUGUUAGAAACUUUUCAUCAUAAACUGUGGAUAUUUGAAAUGUUGGCGGCAAAAUUUUAGAUUCAUAUACAAAGGCUUUCCAAAAAACCCUUUAACCCACUUUCAGCACGUUUUUUUAAUCCCUUCACAUAUAUUUAAUGUUUGUCUGACCUACACUACCGUUCAAAAGUUUGGGAUCAUCCGGACAAUUUCAUGUUUUCCAUAAAAAACUCACACUUUUGUCCAUGUGCUAACAUAACUGCACAAGGGUUUUCUAAUCAUCAAUGAGCCUUUCAACACCACUAGCUAACACAAUGUAGCAUUAGAACACAGGAGUGAUGGUUGCUGGAAAUGUUCCUCUGUACCACUAUGGAGAUAUUCCAUUAAAAAUCAGCCGUUUCCAGCUACAAUAGUCAUUUAGCACAUUAACAAUGUCUACACUGGAUUUAUCAUUCAUUUAAUGUUAUCUUCAUUGAAAAAAAACUGCCAUUCUUUCAAAAAUGAGGACAUUUCUAAGUGACCCCAAACUUUUGAACGGUAGUAUACGACUAAGCGACAUUAAUUUCUUUUACCCUUCAACUCAAUCAGACACUGUUUGAUCUACUUGUCAAGUAUUCCAUAUUCUGAAUUAAUGACAUGGUGAGAAAUAACGGUGAAAAUUUCAGUUUUUUGUCAUAGAUAGUCCCCGAGAUAUUUUCACUUAAAUGUCAGUGUUUGAAAAAAAAAACUGCUGAAAGUGGAACACGGAAUUAAAAAACAAAAACUAUAUUUGAUACAUCAAUCUGAAAUGUCAUAGGUAUCUUUAUGGUUUUGAUACCCCUUUAUUAUGGGAUGGCCAAAAGGGUUAAAGUGGCUGUUGAGGUUUUUCAAAAGGUUUUAAAAAGAUUUGUGUUAUUUGCUGCAGAUGAAAGCAAAUUUUUUCAAUUUUUUUAGAGACAUAAUUAUUUAGGUGUAAAUGAACAGCAAGGAUCUCAGUAUGUGUGCAUCUAUUUUACCAUCUAGUCUGACUUGAUGCAGCUCAAACGUCAUUUAUCUCCAUGAAAAAAAUCCAAAUUUGCCUCCCUUCAAAGCUUCGACAUGGUUUAAAAAGCUGCUCUAAUGAAAGUCCACGUCGUUUUUGAUUUACGUUCAUGUAAAAAUGGAGGAUUUGAUGGUAAAUCCUGCUGAGUUCUUUGCUAUUUCACCUUCAUUUUCUUCUAUUUUGUUGUUGCUGUGCAGUUUUCCUGCCUCAUGAUGCUUUUAUUAUUCAUAGCUGUGAGAUGGUGUUGGUGCUUUAGCAGUUUGGGGUUAUUUUUUAAUCUAUAGUUCAUGUUUCACAUUAACUUUGUGUUUUAGUUAAGUUUCCCUCAUGUGUAAUGAAAUGAAAUUAGAAUCUGACAGAAAGAAACCCAAAGAAAUUCAAAUCCAGACUUUUAUCUAAAUGUGAAACCAUAAAUUCUUAUUUUCUUCUGCAUGUUUAGUGAGAUUCUCAGAAGAAUAACGGUUCUUAUGUUCGAGGGAGUUUGAAUUAUGCUCAUUCUUUGUUCUUUUCCAUGACAAAAGAAAUGUUUGAGUGCUAUUUUUAGGUCAACAAUGGAAUCUUAUCGUGUUAAAUGUGACAUUUUAAUUGGAAAAAAAAAGCAAUACAGGGACAUUUUAAAUGAGGGGAAUGUUUUUAAUCAGGAUUUUCAGUUGAUUUUGGGUAGGGUAACUUCUAAUGAGGUAAACGGGAAAACUUUUCAUUGAUUUUUGGUAAAAUCAGCAAAAAGAAAAUCAAGUUAUAUAUCAUAAUAGUGAAUUUAAAUUUAGUUUUUCUGUUGUUUAGUUCCUUGAAAUAAUAGUUAUGUGGGUGUGACUGGAUUUUAAAUUUAAAAAAGUCUCAAAAUUAUUAUCAAUUUUUUGUAAUUUGUUCAAAUAAUAUACAGUUAAAUAAAUUAAGGAAUUAGAAAAUAUUUUGACUUGAAAAUACUUUCAGUUUUUUAUUCACUUUUACAGUUAUAAGUGCUCAUGCUAAAGAUUUUUUUUUUAAAUAACACAUUUUAGCUCAUUUUAUUGCUCGUCAACAUUCGGCUUCAGUGCAUUUUACUGAAUCUUCACAUAAAGAGAUGCAGUGUUAAUAAAGAGGAAUAAAUUAGUGAAACAACUGAAACACAAAAAGUAGUUUGAAUGAUUUCAUGAAUCUGAUUUACAUGAGAAUAAUUUUGAUUUUUUUCUUUUUUGACAAAUCGUUUGCUUAAAUUCAGUCUGUGUUAACGAGUCGGUGUGUUUUCUGAUGAUCAUUUUCUGUAAUCGAUGUGUUUUUUUGUUAAAUUGGUGAGGGUUCUUCCAAUAAAAAAAGCUGAUUUAAUCUGAACAAA